AUGGCCUACGACCAGAACGUUUUGCGAGCGCACUUCUGUCAUGCCCUUUCAGAAAUGUACAAGAGCGAAGUUCCUCUCUACGGCGACCUAAUAGAUGUAGUCUGGAAUGCAGACGCGAAAACAGUUCAAGACAGCCACAAUAUCGAGGGUAACCACGUUAUAAACCCAGAUGAUGUUCUACCCGCCCGGCAUCGCGUUGAGAGACACGGAGCCAUCCGACUGGGCACAGCCCAUGAGCUGGCUACAAUUCGGCGUAUGUUUGCUGUGAUGGGAAUGCAUCCUGUGGGCUACUACGACCUCAGCCUCGCUGGAUUCCCCAUGCACGCCACAGCCUUCCGACCAAAUACCCAAGAGGCGCUCGACGAGAACCCAUUUCGCGUGUUCACGACAGUAUUGCGGAUGGAACUGUUGACAGAAAGAACUCGGAAACUAGCGCAGAAAGCGCUGGACCAAAGAAAUAUAUUCACACCCAGACUUCUUGCCCUGUUGGAUAUUGCGGAAAGCCAGGGCUUCUUGGCAUCGGAUCAAUGCACAGAGCUCAUCAGCAAUGGCUUGGAGACAUUUAGGUGGCACUCGAAAGCAACAGUCACCUUUGAAGAAUACGAGGAGCUGAAAGCUGAGCAUCCUCUGAUUGCGGACGUCGUCUCUUUUCCCAGCUCCCAUAUCAACCAUUUAACGCCUCGAACGAUUGAUAUCGAUCUUGUACAGAAACUGAUGUUGGAUCACGGAAUGCCUGUCAAAGAGCGUAUCGAGGGACCACCGAAACGAUCGUGCCCAAUUCUUCUGCGGCAGACAAGCUUCAAGGCGCUGGAGGAAACUGUCUAUUUCAAGGAUCCGUCUGGUUCCUAUGUGAAGGGCUCCCACACAGCACGAUUUGGCGAAGUGGAGCAACGAGGCUAUGCUUUGACUCGAGAAGGACGCCAGCUUUAUGAUCAAAUCUUGGACCGAGUCAAUGCAGAAGCCGCGAAGAAUGGGCUGAAAGGAGAGGCCUAUGACACGCUACUGGCAGAGCGCUUCAAAGAGUUUCCCGAUAGCCUGUCAGAGCUUCACGAUCUGAGACUGGGAUAUUUCAUCUAUCGCUUGACAUCACCGAAUGACCAGUCGGUUAACGAAAGCCUAUUAUCGGAGGAAAAACUGCAUCCAAUAUCACUUCAGGAUCUCCUCGACAAGCAGAUCCUGAGUUAUGAGCCUAUCACAUACGAAGACUUCCUUCCUUUAUCUGCGGGAGGAAUUUUCAAUUCCAACUUGGGUGGUGUCUCCCAGUCCAAGCAAUUGAUUAUGAGCGCGGAUCCGGACCUCGAUGGUUUCCAGCGGCUCCUUGGGGCAUGUGUGGCUGAUGAGUUCCAUCUAUAUGCCGUAAUGCAACAGAAAUCAUUGGAAAUUUGCCGACAGAAACUGCAGUUAAGGGAGGUUAUAUAG